CUCACCUUCUUCUCCAUCAGUUGCAGAGCCAAAACCUAAAAAAUUACUAAACAAAAACAAAAUUCCAAAAGAAAGAAUGCUUCUACGUAGUGCAUCAACACCACUUCUAAACUCAUGGAAACCGCAGCCACAACAAUCACCGGAACCCGAAAUAUUUCACCCAAUACAAAAAACCCGAUCCAUUUCAAUGGCAGCAUGUUCUUUAUCUUCUUCAACAUCAUCUGAAGAUUAUUCAGUCAAGAAAAUGACACGAGCGUCAUCAGAGACGGAUCUUAAACGUUUUUCAUCACUACCCAUCAUGAAACAGCAACCUUUAAACAAUAUAAUUAUGACUCUUGAUGAAGAUCAAGAGGAAGAAGAUGACGAAGAGGAUGAAAGAAUGGCGAUUUGUAGGUCUGGCUUGCGUUUGAAUUCUAAUUUUUUGUUUGAUGAAACAGAGGAGGAGUAUGAGGCUGAAAUCGGAGGUAGUGGAGUUUCGGUUUUGGUUGGGGGUGAUGGCGGUGGCCUCGGCGGCGGCAAGAUUUGCGGUGGACGCGGAGGUGGUGGUGGGAAUGGUGGUAAUGAUGAAAGUACGGAUCUUUACUAUCAAAAUAUGAUUGAAGCUAAUCCUGGGAACUCUUUGCUUCUUGGCAACUAUGCUAAGUUCUUGAAAGAGGUUCGACGAGACUUUGUAAAGGCUGAAGAGUACUGUGGGAGAGCAAUCUUAGCAAACCCUAGCGACGGAAAUGUUUUAUCUAUGUAUGCUGAUUUGAUAUGGCAAAGUCAUAAGGACUCUUCUCGCGCUGAAUCAUACUUUGAUCAAGCUGUUAAAGCUUCGCCUGAUGAUUGUUUUGUUCUAGCAUCAUAUGCUCGGUUUCUAUGGGAUGCUGAAGAGGAUGAAGAGGAGGGGCGGGCGGCCGAAGAGAUGAACAAAUCAUUACCUUCGUUUCAAUUCCAUGGAGCACCACCUCCUAUAGCUGCUGCUUCAUAAGGACCAUGUGGUCUUUAGUCUCAUAUCAUAGCUUGAAUAUAACUUUUUCUAACUUGUGUUAUAUAUAUCCGAUUUGUUUAGGCGUUUUUAUCUUUGUUUAGAUAAGUUAUAUUAACCUAUUUAUUUCUAUGAACUGCCCUGUUUAUGGUUGAGCCAUAUCAUAUAGAAGGAAAAUAAGGAAUGUGAUUAAUUUUAUCAGAAAACCUGAUUCAUUCUCUCUGUAUGCUAUUUGUAAUUUUGUAUAUGAAGUUUUAUUUAUUGUCAA